AUGCGGUUCGGGAUGGACACCGCCCCUCCCAUUCUCAUGCAAGAAUUUUGCUCCGUCUUGUCCAGUGAGCCUUGGGCGGGCGUCUUCCCGGCUCCAAUCCAGGUUUCCGACAUGGUCCGUCUUGGCUUCCUCCCGUUGCUACCACAAGAAUUGACGAUUGGCCCGUACUGCAAAGACUUGAUGCAUCUCUGCGACUUCCAGUAUCCCAUUGGCCUCAUGCAAGAAUGGGCCAAGAAGGCGGAGGAUGCAGAACCCACAAAGCCACUGACCAAGACCCUUGACGUGCUGAGUGAUAGCGAGUCGUCCGGUGACGACAAUGAUGAUGACAGUCCCCCGACCUUCGAGUGGACCACCAUCAUCAAAAAGUCUUUGGUUGUUUCCACUCCAAAACCUGUGGAGGACAAGAAAAAGUCCCUCCUCACGGCACCCACGUCGCCCGAGGACAACGAUGCCUGGAUCGACCAGCUUGCCCAGAUGGACCUCACCAACGACAGACCCAGCCCUCUGUUUAUCAUGAUCCUACCGGCCGAGGAAGAUGGUUGCUACUUCGUGGUGGUUCGCCAGCGCUAUCUCUGA